GCCAAUCUAGUGUGACAUUAUUGAUUAACUUACUCUACGUUGUUUGUUUGGAAUCAUGUCCGACUUUGUGAUGUAUCGUCGACUGAAUGAUACAGAUCGAGACAGUGCUGAUGGCGAAGAUACGUUACCUGUAUGGAGAAAGUUGUGCUUUGCGCUAGGUGGUGCUCCAUUUCAGAUCACCAACAAUGUGUUGGGAUUUUUUCUUAACAUUUUCUUGCUGGAAAUAUCACAGAUACAGCCUAGGUACGUCUCCCUCGUUAUCUUCCUGAGCAAGGUGUUUGACGCAUUCUCCGACCCCACCUGUGGAUAUCUCGUCAAUAAGUCACCUCCGUCACGGUUUGGGACACUAAAGCCUUGGAUAUUGCUGUCUACUCCGUUUACGUGUACUGCUUACUUCUUCCUGUUUUUCGUGCCGGACUUGUCUGAGGAAGGCAAAGUGGCGUAUUAUCUUCUCGUGUUGUGUCUCUUCCAGGCGGGAAUCUCCGUACGGUUUUUAUUGGAUUCGAUCAUAUUUUGA